ACAGUCAAAGCAACAAGUUUUUAAACAUGCCUUUAGUUGUACAGAAGGGCUGGAUUUGGUUUAGAGGAUGGGCUCUUUAGGGCGAGGCAACCUUUAUUAGAAUGACACUCAGCAGAUCAUUCAUUCAACUCCGACACACGAGGAAACUUGAAUACUCGAGCUUGUGAAAAUGGAGGCUUUGUCUGCAGCAAACACUCAGUUCUCCCUCAACCUGUUCAAGAAGAUCAGUGGAGGAAACGCAUCAGGAAAUGUGUUCUACUCUCCUGUCAGCAUCUCCUCGGCUCUGGCCAUGGUGUCGCUCGGUGCAAGAGGAAACACAGCAGCUCAGAUGAUUCAGGUCUUGGGCUUUAACAAUCCUCCCAAACCUGGUGCCGCGACUCCAGGACCUCAUCAACCAACCCAGAUAGCAUGUGGCGUCAAGGGUCACCAUGAACCAUCAAUGAUGCAACAAACACAGAAACCUCAGAUACCUGCUGAACUCAAAGUUUUGAAAUGUCCUGCUCAGCAGGUACCUGGACAAAAAUCUGAGGACCAAAUUCAUUUGAGCUUCAACAAGUUUAUGAGUGAGCUGAACAAACCAGGAGUCCCGUAUGUGUUGAGUGUUGCCAACCGCCUCUACGGAGAGCAAUCCUACCAGUUUGUUGAGAAAUUCCUCAAUGAUGCAAAAAGAUACUAUGAAGCCAGACUGGAGAAGGUGGACUUCAAGACCAAAUCAGAGGCUGCUCGUGUCACCAUCAACAAAUGGGUGGAGAAAAAAACACAAGAGAAGAUCAAGGACUUGCUGCCAAAGGGAGCUGUCGAUGAGAUGACGAGACUGGUCUUGGUGAACGCCAUCUACUUCAAGGGGAACUGGGAGAAGAAAUUCCCAAAGGAAACAACCAGCGAUGAGCAGUUUAAACUGAACAAGAAUCGAACUAAACCAGUGAAGAUGAUGCAUCAGAAGUCAAAGUUUCCUCUGGCCUUCAUCCCAGAGAUGAACAGUCAGGUUCUGGAGCUGCCGUAUGUGGGGAAUAAUCUCAGUAUGUUGAUCAUCCUUCCUAACGAGAUGGAAGACGACACCACUGGCCUUCAGAAGCUUGAAAAGGCACUGACCUACGAGAAGCUCAUGGAGUGGACCAAACCAGAAGUCAUGCGUAAACAAGAAGUUCAAGUAUCUCUACCCAGAUUCAAGAUGGAGGAAAAAUACGACAUGAAGAGUCUUCUGAUCAGCAUGGGAAUGGAGGAUGUUUUUGACCCGCUGAAGGCGAAUCUUUCAGGCAUGUCCUCCAACAAUGACCUGGUCCUGUCGAAGGUGAUUCAUAAAGCCUUUGUUGAAGUCAACGAGGAAGGAACCGAAGCGUCUGCAGCCACCGCCGCCAUCGUGAUGACACGGUGUUUGAUCAUCCCACAGGACUUCAAUGCAGACCAUCCAUUCCUUUUCUUCAUCCGACACAAUCCAACCAAGAGCAUUUUGUUUUACGGACGCUUCUGCUCUCCAUGAGCGAGUCCUGAUGCAUGAGACUCUUCCUGCUAGUUUAGAUGGAGAUCGAGUAGGGGAGACUCGGGACAACUACUACAAAACAACCUUUCAUCUUUUGGUUUAAGAAACAUUUAUAUGUGCCAACAGUAUCAGUACCUAUUGCAAUUUACUGGAGAAAGACUUAUUAAAUUAAUUGUAUUAAAUUUAUUACUAAAAUUAUAUUGCUUCCAACACAAACAAGUGUUUGUGGGACCUGCAUUAUAAUUAUUUGAAAUACAUUAAUUCCUUAUCAUUUUAAAUCAGGGUUAUUAUUGUUAACCAAAUCUAAAACCAUAAAUAAAUGUUAUUUCUCAUUUUCAUUCAGCUUAAGUUGAAGUACUCAAAUAAUUAAAACUGAAUAAAAUAAAAGUAAAGAUAAAGAAAUAUUUGAAGCAGGUCAAAUAUUUGACAACACAUUUUUUUUUUUUAAAUCUUCAAAUGAAAAUGAAUAAACAAUGAAAAAAUAUUAAAAAAUAUUAACAAGAACUAUAACAGUAUAUCAAUUAUACUAAAAUAUGAACGAUGCUUUUUAUUGAAAUGAUGUGCAUUUGACAUUGUAAAGACUUAAACUUUCAACUGAGCAUUAUAAUUUCUAUAACUAGUGCUGCAGUCACUCUAAACCUCACAACAUUCAGCUUAGAAAUAAAAAAUAUGUUUACAUUCAAAGUAAUGGACUUUUUCUUUUUUUAUAUGCACAUGCUGGACAAGCGGUAUCACUGUAACAUGAAGAAAUGAAAUGCAUUUCAGUUGUCUUGAAUCUCAUUCAGGUUGUGGUUUUGGACGGGUCUCUUCAUGUUGCUGCAUAUCAAAUUUAUCAGUGAUAUGUCACCAAAUCCAUCACCUGCACUAAAUGAGGCUCUAUUAAGUGACACGAUGUGUAUUAAAUAAGACAAAUUAUGUGUAUGCAUUCAUUGUAACAGCGUAUUCAACAUAAAUAAAGACAAAGCUUUGUGAUUUUUCA